AUAGAUCAUAUAACGGUUGUCACAGACAAGUGAGCGGGUUUUUCGCGAAAGGGGGAGGGAUGGGGGCAAAAGCUGGUGGGGUGACACGUGGAGGUGGGAGAACCAUUAGAUGAGGGGAGAAUUAUAGAUGGGUGUGAUGAAGAUGAUCUGAGCACUUGAGAGUUGGGAUCCAUGGGGAAGGAGAGGAGGAGGAGGAGGAGAAGAGGAGGAGGAAGAAGAAGAGAGAAAGGGAGUUGGAUGGGGACUUAAAUUGGGUUAUCAGAAAGAGAACAAAAAAAAAGAAAAGAAAACUGCGCAGAGGAGAGAGAAAGAAAGGUGGGGAAAGAGAAAGGCAUGGCGGCGUUGCAGAGAGAGGUGUAAUUCUGGGCCAUAAAUGUGGAUGUAUUAGUAACACUGAGAGAAGGAAGAGGCAAAAUUGAAAAAAAAGGGGAAUUCAAAGCGUGAUUAACGCUGCCCCCACUAUCACCCAGCAGCAGCAACAGCAGCAACAGCAGCAGCAGCCAGCAGCAGCCAGCAGCAGCAGCCACCAGGCACCAGCAGCUGCAGCAGUUUGAUUAUAAUUCAAGCGCCUCCAAUUCAGGCAGGGGGGGAGGAGGGGUUGGACCCUCUGAUUAUGGAUUUUAGGUCACCCACGAAUUCUGGGUCAGAGCAACAAUGUCUGGCUUCUUCAGUUUAGGUGGAGGAGGAAGAGAAGACCACCAAGACCACCAAGACCAUCAAGACCAUCAAGACCACCAAGACCACCAACAAAACAACGACACAAACCCGGAGACCUUGUUUUGGUACAAGGGCAACGUGGAGCUAUGGCAACAACAACACCACCACCACCAGCACCCUCAACAAGAACAGCCUCUCUUCCAAACCCAAUCCCGGACUCCUUACUCCGCCGCUUUACCCGUUCGAACCUCCGAUGAAUCCUCCUCCAGAUCGGGCAAUUUCAUGAUGAUUGGGUCAGGAUCCGGAGGAGGAGGAAUCAGCUGCCAAGACUGUGGCAACCAAGCUAAAAAAGACUGUGUCCAUAUGCGGUGCAGGACUUGCUGCAAGAGCCGAGGAUUCCAUUGCGAAACCCAUGUGAAAAGCACUUGGGUCCCUGCCGCCAAGCGCCGCGAACGCCAAGAGAAACUCGCCGCCUUACAAACCCAGCAUCAACUUCACCUUCAUGGCGACAAUAAUCCCAAACGCCACAGAGAUUAUAACCCCACUUCCUCCUCUUCUCUCGCCUGCACUCUCAUCCCCAACAACACUUCUGGGUUAGAAAUUGGGAAUUUCCCGGCGGAGUUGAACUCACCAGCAGUAUUCCGUUGCGUUCGUGUGAGCUCCACCGACGAAUCCGACGAUCAAUACGCGUAUCAAACGGCGGUCAAUAUCGGAGGACAUGUUUUCAAGGGAAUUCUAUACGAUCAAGGACCCGAAACUAAUUACAUUCCACCGGCUGAGACCUCAUCCGGUGGUGGUGGUGGUGGUCUGAAUAUCCUUCCAUACAAGUUUCCUUAAAUUUCUGGAAUUAUAUGUUUUCUGUUUAUACAAUAAAUGUGUUGUGUUGUGUUGUAUUGUGUUGUAUUGUAUUGUGUGUAUAAUCCAAUCAUUGACAUCUGGUUUUUCUUAUACGUAAUAAUAAUAAUACAACAAUAGCUUAUGAGUUCAUUUCGUUGAAUUGUGUUCUCUCAUUGCUGUCUGAAAAUUAUCAUCCCCCCGGCCCCCCAACACGAUGAUGUGCAUUAAGAUCUGAAACUUUACGACAUGAUUUAGGUUGAUUGGGUUGAUGUUCAGGAGGGAUGGUUCAACAUUUUAGAAUUGUGUAUAAAAAAUAGGAUCUUUCCCGUGCCUCUACAUCCACUGUUAGCAGAUAUUAUUCUGUUUGGGUUAAGGUUUUUAAACGUCUGAGAGUGAGUAUUAGUGAGUAAGAAAGGUUUAGGAGAGAAGGAAGGGAAGGGAAGCAUUGAGUAUUUAAGGAUGAAUUUCAGAAAAUUGGUGUGAAAUCAUAACACAACUUAUACAGUAUGAAUGAGAGCGACAUUCCACAACACAUCCACACACAAACUCUACCCAUAAAGUGUAAAAAAGCUAACCAUUUUAUUUAUUUUAUUUUUUCACUCUAUGAAUGAAUAAAUA